GCUCCGUCACGCGCACCACGCGCAUUGCCACGCGCCCUGUCGCAGACUCGCCGGGCCCUAGCGGCUACCCCGACUUUGUGCUGCCCAAGCAAUCUUCCAGUUUUCGAAAAUCUUCAGAGCGCCUCGAGUACGAACUCAGCCAGACCAACAUCUACUCGGCCUGCCCUUCGACCCGCUCGAGUCGAUCCGGCGGAGAGCCCUGCCCGGAUCCCCUGCCGGACUCGGACGACGAGCGGCGCGUCGGAUUCAUAGGGCCCCGUCGCAGCGCCAGCUGCCGCAACCUACGCGAGUACAGCUUCGACGCGGCCGGCCGCACGCGGAGCGCCGCGCCCCUCCUGGACCGGCCCGUGACCCGGUACGGCGAGCCCUGCACGCGGCUGCCGCACCGCACCUCCGUGGAGUCGCAGCGCUCGACGCUCGGCCGCGCCUACUCCGCGAGCUUCCCGGGCGCCGUGUCCGAGCCGCGCCUCGACCUGGCGGCGGCGGCGCGCACCGGCUCGCAGGACGACGUGUCGCACGACAGCUACGAGCUCAUCGAGCGCUCCGACGACGAGUCCGACCGCCGGGCGCGCUCCCCGCCCCGCACGCGCUCCUGCUCGCUCGACUCUGGUAACGAGCUGCCUUCCGACGACGAUCGUUCUCUGUCCGAACCGGAGGACGAGGCCGGCCAGUACCGCAGCGAGCCAGAUUUGUCCCUUGGACCGUAUCUGGCGGACGACCCGCGGGUGUUGCCGCGCGAAAAGCUCUCUGUGCGAUCAGACGGUGCUUUCUAUCGCGAGAUCAAACGAGCGCUUGGAUCGCGCACAUCCAGUCAGGAGUCGAGGAGCGAAUUGUACGACUCCAAGCUCUCGAAGAGCAGCGCCGAGUCGAGCAAGAAAUCGCGUGAUAGCGUUUAUCACACGGACAGCAAAAAGUCACGUGAGACGCUCAAAAGCAAGAGUUCGGACCGCUCGGGCUCGCGGACUUCGAGCCAAGAUUCGAAAUCUGACUACUACGAGUGUCGUCGCACUCUGUACGAGCCGGACGAGGCGCGGCGCCGCAGCGUCUCCAGCGUGCAGGUGCCCUACGUCGAUCCCUUCGAGCCCACCUCUGUCUCUUCGAGUCCGGACUCUACUAAAGAUUUUUAUGACGCUCAACCCACUUUUAUCGGAAUGGAAAAACCGGAAUAUCGUGAAAGGACGUUGUUCGGUAAAUCUCAUGAAGAUUUGAUCGCUAAUAUCGCUAGCUCCCCAAAUUAUUACCAUAUUCCCACUCCUUAUUCGACUUUUCCAAGUAAUAGUAGACAUAGAGAACCUGGUCCCCUACAUUCAGCCAGUUUACAAAAUGUUGAACUGGAUACCUACGGUCACUAUUCGGAUUUGAGUCCUCCGAAAAGGGUGGAAGAAUUUUCAACAGAGGAGGAGGACAUGCACCCGCACACCACGUACAUCUGGCCGGAAAAAAUUGCCGGUCUCGAUACGGAAAUCGACAACACUAGAGCGGCCAAAAUACACAGCUAUCAACGACGUCGCUCCUCUGAUACGGUGUUCAGUUUCGACAAGGAUAAGAUCGAAUCAUUGACGAGAACGAUUAGUAAGGAAAAUACGACUUCACAUCUAGUUAAAGAAUCGUCCAACGAAUCCGAUGUUAAUGUACGCGUUUUACCGGCCAUGGACAGUAUUGAGUACGCUAAAAAUAAAGCGAAAGCUGCCGCCAUGCAGUCGGGUACUACAUCAAUACUCCAGUCGGAGUACGAUAAACGUGGAAAGGUGCACACGCACAUGAUAAGAAAAGAUAACUUGAAGGAAGAGUUAAUGGCUAAAACGCACUUUGACGAAUAUAAUCCGAAGCUGAUAUUGGAGACGAGCUCCAGCAGUCGACUUGCGGAAACGACGGUACCGUACACUCAUCCCACGGUAGAGCGCACUAAAAGUGAUCCGAACAGUCUCGCCAAUAGACCGCGCUUCAGCAGCGUUAACUCGCGUCGGCACGUACUCAUGCAUCAAAAGUCGAUAGACUUAACGCCUGCCGAGUCCAGCGAUGAAGACUAUAUUUUCCGACAGAUACCGAGCGCUCCACCAAUCGCGUCAAAAAGAUCGCAUUUCGAAAUGCCUUCGAGACACAUCGACCAUGAUCCGCCUUUUGAUUUACCGAAAAACUAUUUCAAAGAAUUCGAUGACUUCAAAGCGACCUGCCUUAAGGAACCAAAAAAAUCUAUCGAUGACGGUUACGAUAUACCUUAUGUCUUGCACAAAAGGCACGUGAUGAAUGGAACAGCACCGUCUCCUUCAGACGAUCAGUGCCAACCUCCUGAUAUCGUGAUGAUGCCUCCUCAAAAUGGAAGGCACGUAAACUCACAUCCUCGAUGUAAAUACCACGAUCAUCCGAAAUCACCUCGUUCGCCCAAGUCGCCUAAGUCUCCCAAAUCACCAAAGUCUCCCAAAUCUCCUAAAUCACCAAAAUCUCCAAAAUCACCCAAAUCACCAAAAUCGCCAAGAAGUAGUAUUCAGGUUGAUCAUAGUUCUAAGUUCUUGGACGUUGAAAAUCAUGACUUUUUGUUUACUCAAAACAUAGAUUUAUCAAAAGUAGAUCCGGUCACUUUAGAAGUUGAUAAAAGUGGUCAAUUGAAGCACAUGAUUAGUCCAAAGCGCGAUAUAACAAAAAGCUUAGAUCCCCUAUUACUUGAAACAUUGAAUUCUAAAUUAAGCCAAAUCGAAAGUGACUCAGCAACGAGCUCGAAAACUGAUAGUUUAAGACAGGAUCCUCAAUGUCCACAUGAUAUUAAAUUCACUAUAAACGGUCGAACUGUGCAACAGCCACCUAUAUGUAAAGAAACAAAACCAAUGACAGCAGCCGAAAAACUGCGAGCCGAUAUCAAAUCUAAAUCUGAAAAACUACCACUUAAAAGACCCAAGGCACGAGGUCCCGGUAAAAAAGGGGCAAGUGGGAAAGUGAAACAAAAGAAUAAUAAUAAAAUAAGAAUAACUUCUUUUUCUUCUGACGAUGAAAGCGUAGAUUCUGAUGACGUAUUCGGAACUACUGAAGCUGCCCCUAAAUUGGAAUUUUCGCCUCCGCAAUCCAGAAAGGAUUUGGAACCCAUCUUGCAACUUGAAUAUGACAAAAUUACCUCGGGUGCUUGGCAUCGAGGUCAAACAAUGAGUUCGACAGAAAUAGAAGGUUCACCACCACAAUGUCGAAAGUUGCUCGAAUUAGAAGCAAAAUACAAUCCACAAGUACUGGACAGUAUUACAGGCAAUGCUACAGAAUUGCGACGUAUAUCGGAACGCUCUAUCUCAAUUCCUAGUUCGGAAGAUGAUAUCAUUGCAAAAAUUCUUCCAGAAAUCAAGCAGGUUAGCAAAGACAGUUCCACCUGGGAAUUUAAUGAAAAUAUCCCCUCGCCUAUACUUGAGAGUACUGAGUUUCUAAAAUCAGAGGAUGAACAUUUGGCUGACAUGGAAAUACAAAAAGUAACCGGGAGUCACACACUAUCCGAAGAUCAAAGUGAACCCGUUAAAGAUGAUAAAAAAGAUUCAUCUAAACUAGAUGUGAAAAAAAGCUUACGGGAUGAAUUAAUUUCACCCAUGUUACGUAAACCUGGAGGUACGCCCAUACUCUUUGCUCACGCUAGGUUGAAUUUAUCGGAAGGCUCUGUGUUCGCCUUGCAACGACAAAAAGCUACUCAAGAUUCACCGACAUCAGGUCGGAGAGCUAAAAGCUUAGAUACUCCUGUCAUCCAACUUCACAGGCUUCCUCCAAUGAAUGCAUUCUCGUCAAAAGAUGACACAGUUGAAGAUGAAAAUGGAGAAAGUAUUAUUCUUGAAGAGAAGUCCAUUGUUGAAGAGAAAGGAACCAAAGUGCCUUGCGCUAUGAAAGAAAUAAUCGAAAAAAUUGAAGAGGUUGAAGAAGAGCAAGUAGCGGAAUCAUCACACGAGAAGAAAUCGGUUCUGAUUGACAGCGAAGAAUUACAACUUUUAGAGGAUUUGGUAGAACAAAGACGGCCAAGAUCAUUUAAACGUAGAUACGAUUUAACAAAAUUAAAAUCUCAAAUGAAGUCUCCGUCUAGAUCUCCACUCAGCAAGUCACCUAUGUCACGAUCGCCUAUUUCGAAGUCACCAUCCCGAUCUCCUACAUCCUCACUCAACUCACCACGGGGUAGUAUUAGAAAGCUUUCUGACCUCAGUGAGGAUCAAAUAGUUCCUGAUAUAGAAAGAAUCAAACGUAAAGAUAAGAAAAAAUUGACUUUGAAAGUGAAACCUGAAGAGAAACAAAAAAUAAGUAACAAACUAAAUAAAGGUGGCUCACUUGACACUAAUGCAACUAAAGUGAAAGCACUACAGACUCAGAAAUCGUUACCAUCGUCACUCAAGGAUCGUCCUGAUUUCUUAACAGUUCCUCCCCUAGACUUAGCUCGAGCUAAGAGUCAAGAACUAGAACAAACUGCUAAGAAGAUGGCUAAAGAAAAAUCCAAAUCAUUGGAGAAAAUGGAGGUUAAACGAGGAAGCAGUAAAGAAAGAACGAAAUCUCAAGAAGACAGUGAUACUGAGAUAGCUAAGCGUAAAGAGAAGCAACAAAUGCUAUUUGAAGCUGCCUUGAAACAAACGAAGACUCUCAUAAGUCCAGUAAAAGACACCAUGCCGCCUUUCCCACCACCCGAAGACAAAAUUUUGGUUAAAACGGAGGGUGACAAAAUUAUAAUUGAAACGAAAAUAUGUAGCAAAGCAGAAGACCACGUGUUUAUUGCCAAGUCUCCUAAAAAACUGGAUGAUAAGCUAGGUGGUAAAAUUAGUAGGAGUUUCGAAGAUCAAAAGACACCGAAACCCAACAUUAAAACUAACAAGAGCAUGGAUGAUAAAUCGAGUCAAUCUCUGGAAGAUAAAUUCGAUGAUCUUGCAGCCUUACAAAAGUCACCCAAAACCUUGUCAAAGAAGCAAGAAAUCAAACAACUCAUCGAAGGUAAAGUAGUGUAUCAAAAGGUACACCCAAGCGUUAAAUCAAAAAGUUUAGAUCGCAAAGUAGAUGUACAACUCGAUGCUAAAAUUAAGUCAAAAAGUCUGGACCGGAAUUACAUAACACCUAUAACAACUGAAAAAGUUUCACCCGAGACUUCUGAUAAAUAUUUCAAACAAGAAGUUGUAAAAGUUGAUGUUCACCCUAGCGUACAAGAAGAACCUGAAUACGUUAUGCAAGACUUUGCUACUGCUCAAGAAGCAAAAGAUCAAUCGCCUUCAAACAGUUAUAAGGAUAAAACUGAAGAUGAUUCUUCGAUGGAGUGGAUGUCGAGUUCCCAGCAUACUGUAAUAGAAAAUGAUACUCAAACUGUCAUAAUGGAACGUCGUAAAAUUGAUAUUUACAACAAACAAAGACAAAGCGAAUUACAAGAGAACAGAAUUAGUCAAAGUGCUAACGAAUUAGCUACGUCAGAAAAAGCUGAGGUAACUCGAUUAACGAGCGAAGAAGAGUCUCUAACCGAUGUUAGUGAACUAAAAGUAUCAGAUGAAAGUCAUUUGCUUGGUCUUUCUUUGCCAUUUAUAGAUGCAGAUAGUUCUUCUGAUCAGGACCAAGCAUCGAGAAACAUAAAACUGAAACGUGCUAAAAGUGAUGACACGUCAUAUGUUACGGAUGCAUAUGAUGAGACACUCGAUACCGAAGUGCCGAUAUCUGAUAUGAGCAGCAAAGCCAAAGGUAAAGUCUUAGAUACUCAAGGAACUUUCGAUGAAUCUUCUGCUAGUCUCAUGGAAUUUUUGAAACAGGAAUCAAUGUCACAGGUCUGUUCAGAUACUGAGACGGAGCCCGAAAGCAAAAUGACAAAAUCUCCAUCUAAACCUUUGGACUUGACGCUUAAAUGGAAAAAUAAAAAUAAAAUAAUUGUAACUCCGCCUCAAGAAAACAGCCCCACGGUUGAAAACAUUCCUUUCAUUGAUUCUAGUACUUCCAGAUCUAAUAAAUCGGAUACUGGAGAGCUUACUGGAAGUUCGGGAAGUGACAAAUCGCCCACCGAACAAAGACCAGAUCACAGAACAUUACUAUCUGCUAAAUCAAGACGAAGCGAACUCUUAAAACUAAGCGCUGAACGGUCUCGCAGCUCUGAAUCAACAUCUUGGACAAGCAUUGAAAAAGACGUGAGCCCUUCAAGUCAUAUUAAAGGUAGCUCUAUCGACGAUGAAUCUAGUGUGAGUUGUUCUAUUGCUCGGCCACUCGGUAUCUCCCAAGAUAUAGAAAAGCUGAACAAAAAAGACAGAGAAUGCUUAGAGGAGUUGAAACAAGCUAUGGAAUACGGCGAAGAACACUUACUAUCUCAACAAACUUUGUCUAGUGAACAUUCAAAGUCGAACUCGAAAUCACCCUCACCAGUACCUGAAAUGACUCGUAUAGAAAGUCCAAGAAGUCCAAGUAAAUACGGAAAUAGAAAAUCUCCUACACCAACGUUAGAAAAACAGAGACAAGUGGAUUCUCAGAGAGCACCAACUGAUUCAGAAUCCAGUUCUGAAAGUAUCGAUAAAACUGUCGAACAACUAUCUAAGCCAAACUUAAGAAAGAGUGGCUUAGAGAAAAUCGGUAAAUGUGUUAUUGAGGAAUCGGAGUCCAGCCAAUCAGCGGCAUCUAAGGCAUCGGACGUUGCGCGUGAACUGCAAAGGACAGUAAAAAAAACUAAAAUUGCGAUAACGAUCUCACAGGAGGAUCAGAACACUACAAUCGACUUCGAUGACGAUGGCAAUGUUAUAACUUCAUCAUUCGAAAGAGAACUUAUGAAGAAAAGAGCUCUCAAAGACACUGACCAGAAGAGUUCGUCUAAAUCAAGCAUGGAUACCACCACUACUACUACUCCGUCGAAGGGAUCUCUUAGUGUAGAUGAUUCGUCUUCCAGAAGGAAAGGCAGACUUGAUGAACAAAAGAGUUCAUCCAAAUCCAGCAUGGAUUCUCGGGGAUCAUUAAGCGUCGAAUCCAGAGGUUCUUUUGAAACCACUGAGUCAACUUCCGGGUCUUUAGGUGAAGCAUACCGGAGAGGAGAAGAAUUAAAACCGACUUGGAGACCAUUCUUUGGUGCGUCUGGUAGCGAGAAUAGUACGAGUAUAGAGGAAGCGUGGAUACCUCAAGAUCACGAAGGCUAUGAAAGUUUAGGUCUUAACAAAGAAUCUUUUGAAUAUAAUAAUCAAAGGUUAUUAGAUGAUUUUCAAAGCUUUCCGAAAAAUCCUCCCCUGUCUUCGAAUACAUCAAAAGAUUCUACUGACGCUGACUUUGCUGAUGAUUUAAACGAUUUUCCUGUAAAUUUUCUUUAUCCAUCUUCAUCUUCAACUACUGACGUUGUUAUAGGCUAUGGUCAAAAUUUUGGGCGUACGCUUUCACGUAUUUCAGAACGUAGUACGGCAUCAGAAAAAACGAGUGCUGAUGAAGACUCGACAAAGGCUUGCUCACGGUCUGAAAGUUUAAAUGAGGAAUCCUUGAAUUCUAGCGAUCAUCAAGCCAGCUUAAGUUCUGAUCCCCCAAGUAACGCUAAUGUUGCUUACAUAUCGGAUACGGACAGAAGGACAUCCGCUGAGAUGCCUGAUAUACCUAUUGAUCAAACUAAGAUUAGCGAGAUGUAUGAAUCGAGAAAAGAAUCUGAAAAAUCCACGAAAGCUGCAGUGGAGUCAAGGAAGUUUGACGAAAGUCCUACAAAAUUAAGAAAGAAGUCCUUGCAAGCACCGUCGAAACACUCUUCAGCCAGUGAAAGUCAGGAAUCUGAAGACUGGCCUUUACCUGAAUUACCAUCGCAACCUAAAAGGCCGAGAGGUUCCGGAUCAUUUAGAAGUGAUUCCGACGAGAUGGAAUUACCUGGUACGUCCAAACUUUUAGAAACGCCGAUCAUUGAGAAGGUGCACAUUUAUUACAUGAGUAAUGAACCGGAACAAGCUAUGAAGGUAACAUUACAAUCGGAAAGUUCCAAAGGUCAACUUGAAGGCUCAGAUGAUGACAGCGACACUUUGAAUAAUGAUGACGAUUUUGAAAAAGAUAUCCCAGAAUCGAGAUCAGAUAAGUCAAACGAAAAAAGUACCGAUAGUCCUCAAAAACAAAUUCAGUCCAUUCCUUACGACCAAUCUAGUUACAUGGUCGAGCCAUUAGAAAAACAGGAAGAAUUCACAUGUUUGAACAAAAAUGUCGUGCCAAGCUACGAUAAGUCAUGUUUAUCGGGUACCAUAAGUAAGGCUUCCUGCUUAAUAGGCGAUACGGGUGCUUGUUGUUCGCGUGCUGAUAAUAAGUCAUUUGCCAUUAAAAGCAAUCUCCAAGACAAAGUUAUUAUAAAUCAACCUCAAAAGUCGCCGACAAACAGAAGCCCGAUAUCAGAGGAAGAUAACUUAUACAGUGAUGAUGUAUUUGGUGGAGACAGUAAAUCCUUGUCUCCAGAUUUUGAUAAAGGGUUUUCCAAUUUGGGAACUCAAAAAUAUUCCUUGGGAUCAAAUAAUUCUGACACUUCCAUUGAUGAUCUACUCUCACAGACUGCAGAAGAGACUGUACGUGCGGUAGGAAAGCUAAGUAUUGGCAGUAUCGGUAGUUCCUGUAAAAGGUGUAGUCAUAGUAGUCACUCCGAAGAGGAAACUAGUUCUUUUGGAACCGAUUUAGACGGGACGGUUAAAAUAGGACUUCCUCAGAAGAAAUGCACACAUAGCUCUCAUUCAGAAGAUACUUCUAUCUGUCUAAGUAUUUCUGAGUGGUCUACAGGAACAAACACGGUACGUCAGUAUGCCAAUCUGUCCGCAUCUGAAAGCACAUCUGCUGUGUCCGUUCCUAGGAGUGAUAAAUCAGAAAAUGUGUCUGCAAAAGGAUACCAUUCAGCGUCACACGACAGUAAAAAGAUAGAUAAGAGUGAUAAACCUAAACUAUCUUCUAAAGCUGAAUUCAGUUCUAAAAGCAGCAGUUUGGAUAGAAGCUCGGACAACGUUCAGUACGAUAAGCUUUGUAGUUCGGAAACUACAAUCUCCCGUAAGGGUAUAGACAGUAGCUCUGGUACUAAAAGCGAUAGUACUUUAACCUUGGCCCAGUCGAUAUCAGACUGGUCAGCUAGUACGAGUCACACACUCGUAGCAACUACGCGUGUAGAGUUGCACGAACAAGACAACAUAAUAUCUGAUGAGACUCUUGUUAUAGAGCCACCGCCUGGCUUGGAAGACAAAGAUGAUGACCAUGACAUUGAAAUAACUGUAGACCAAUCUACAUCUCCUACAAAAGAUGUCAUUGAAAAACAGUCCGUUUUGAGACUGACAGCGUCGUAUACAGGCAAAUCAGAAAAGUCUUCCUCGAUUAGCUAUAGCGAUAAAUCCGACAGAUCGAGCUCGAGUUCAUUGAGUAGCUUACAAAAACACUCUAAUGGUGUUUUAAAAUUUGAUCAGAGGUUAAAAGGCAUUCGACCUCACGAUGCGCUUCAUGAACGUUUCCAGAAAGGUCCUCCGAAGAGUUUGAGCUGUGAGGAGAAAUCACAAAAAUUAUCGAAACCGACAACUCGGUGCCAGAGUGAGGAUAGUGAUUUUAAACCCUACUUUACCCCUCAGCCUGAACUAGACAUAGACAUGCCUUCUAGACUUUAUAGUCAAGAAGAGAAACACAGUGAACGUUAUCAAAGCCAAGAAUUUUCGAAUAUUUUGCGCGAGGAAACUGUCAGCCCUUUUAUAAGAUCAGAUUUUAAACCACUUGCGAAACACGCGAGCUACGAUGAUAGAACUCUUUCGAAAAAUCAAAUAAAAGAAUACAAAUCUUCUCCUCAGUAUCGUUGUAAGCCUAAGAGUUGGUCUUUCCACGAACAUUACUUGUCUUCUUCCGAUUUGCCAUUGAUAUCAGUUCCUGAAAUACCCUCGGUUCAUAGAGAACUUCAAGAAAAGAAAUCAUCCGAAAGAUCUGGCAAGACACCUUUGUCACGCUGUUCUCCUUACUACUCUAGCAGUCUUAGUUCAGAAUCACCUCCUAUUCAACCUUUAAAAGCGCCCGUGAAGAAAACAUUGCUAGCGAGAAAUAUUUCUUUGAAAAGCCCUCCCAGUGGUAACGAUACGGAUAGUUCCUUGGAUGUUAUUAGAGACCCUCGCGAACGUAUGAAAACCUUCCGGCGCAAAAAACAAAUUGUCGGUGGAAGGAGAAGACAAGAAAAAAUACAGGAUGUUCUGGAAGAAGACUCUACUAAAAGUCAAUAUUCUUCAGAAAGUGACAAACCAAAUUGCAUUAAAUUUUUGAUUGUCGAAGAGUCUCUUCGACGCAUGGAAAGCUCUGAAUGUUCGGAUAGCUAUGUCCCUGAAGUUGAAUCCGGGUCUUCAGAAUUUUCCAAGGGAGACUCAAAAAAUUAUGACACUCAAGAAGUUGCUAGCUACUCCGAAGACGAAGGACAUGAAGAGUACCAGAAGUAUAAAAGUGCAAAUUACGAGGCGCCCCAAUUUCCGAUCAGUAUUACUCCUGUUCAGUUUCAAGGUUUCGGUUCUUCCGCCGACGAAGAUGAAAUGGGCUUUCCUCGGUUCGAUAGGUUGGGUCGACUUCGACAUCCUUACUUGGACACGCAAGAACCAUCGUAUGUUUCAGAAGAUAGCCCUCCUAGAGUCUCGUAUUCAAAUAAAAGCAGCCGCCAAUCUUCUCUAAAAAAGGUCAAAUCGUCGUCUAGUUUUCGUCAAUCCGAGGAUAAGUCUCUCGGCGAACCAUCCGGGCAGUCGCAACCUCGAGUUUAUUACGACGACCAAAGCGACAGAGACGACUCUGACGAUUAUGCAUAUCCUGUUGACACAAUCAAAAGAGCACCUAAAAUACCUAAAUCAGGAAGUUAUUUAUUCGAGCGCAGUCAAUCAGUUACUUAUUCCGAUUCGGAAUUACCACACGACAAGGAAGAGUACGAGCAGUACAGAGGUAGUCCAUAUCCUGAACAGUACGAGGAUGUGGGAAUGUUUCAAACUCAAGAAUGUUAUCCGCAGUACGAUAACGCGUUAGACGAAGCUAGGGGAGGAUCGGAUCCGCAUUACGCCAGAGAUAUGGAUCAGCGCUUUAGUCUGAAUAACGUCGAGAGAUUUUAUUCCAGUCACUAUGUUGACUCGCAGGCCUCAAGCGACAGUCCGGAGCAAAAGUUUGAUGUGUCGACGCUACCUCCUCCUCUGUGCUCAGACGAUGAGAACGAUUAAAAUUCAAUCGAGCUUUUCAUUUAGUUGAAUCGUUUGCACUCCCCAAUUCCCAAAUUGCCUGUUGAAAAUUUUCUAACUACUUAUCACGUGCGCACUGCACUGUCGGGCGCUUUCGUAUUUAUGCAAUUAUUGUUACUGGUGUUUGAUAUAUUAGGCUACUUUGAAUAUUUACAUUGUCACUUUGAAUAUUUAGCAAAAUAAAUAAGUAAUUAUCGUCUAGUAUCUAUUCCCGGGUAGCGCGUUUCCCAGCUUUGAUAUCGUGCGUAAUUUGUCUUAAACUUUGUUUGUUAUUAAGUACUUAUAUGUGCGUUGAAAAAACGCAACGUGUCGCAUCCAACUUGUAAUAUAAAAAAACCACUAAAAAGCUACAUACAUUAAUCAAAAAUUUUGUUGUUCAACUAACUUGUUUUACUGAUCUGAGGCUACCGGGAUAUCUAAUCGUAGACUUGUCACGUAAUAGUGCCAAAAAUUUUCUAGUCAUAUGUUUAAAACUUUUUAAAAUUAUUGAGAUAUAUAUACAUACAUCUAUAUUAAUUAUUUUUCCUGUUUAAAUUACUAGUUAUUACGCGUAAAGGCUGUGAUUUUUGUUUGUGUGUUGAGAUCCAAGAUCUGAGUUCGUUUGUUUUUAGUGUUCGAAGGCUCAAAAUAUAUGAACGAAUACUUUUUUUUAAUUUUAUUUAUCGGCGUUAUGCACGACUAGGUGGUUAUUACCUAUUAAAGUGCCAAACCCUUCCGACUGAAUGUACUAAAGCUUAUAGUAUUUUAUUUAUAGAAUACAUUUCACAUAAUUUAAAUUUUUUAUGUCAGUUAAGUUUUGAAACAUCUAUGUGUUUUCACUUCACAUGUCUUGCCACAAGUUUUUUCAAUUUUAGUGCCAAAACUUUGACAAGUAAACUUUUGUGGCUAGAUGUAUGUGAGUAAUAUUCUUAGCAUCAUAAUUAUUAUUACGCACAUGUUCAUUACUUAUAUAGGUAUAUUUUGUGUAAGUAGUUUUAAACAUUCGCGUUGGAAAAAAAACCGAAAAAACUUUGAAUUAAAAAAAAAAAACAUAUUUAUUAUAGUUUCGUAGUCCCAUACCUGACUAAAAGUGGUCGCAAAUAGAUUGAAGUGUGAACGAAAUUAAAAAAAAAAGCGAAAAGAAAUUACGGGUGUUUAAGAGAUUUGUUACUGAAACCAAAAACCCACCACACACCGCCUUA